UGAAGCGGGUGAAGGCGGAAGCGGAGAGGACAGACGUAAACAAAGUUUUCAGUGGAGCCAAUUAGUUCAGAUGGGGGUUCCGUCUGCUUAAAAAAAAAAAAAAACUAUGCUGCGAUAUACUUGAACUGGUUUUAGUCUAUUUUUUUUGUUAAAUGCGGAGGAGAUUUAGGAAAACAGAGUUACCGUUAACUAGCUAGUCUCGUGAAAUAACAUCACAAUGUCCAUAUUUAGCGUGCAGACAAGGAAGCACACGGCGUAUUAUGACCAUCUAGUAUCAGCAUCAACGUCCAGGACGCCCGACGGAGGCCGCCUGGGAGACCUAAAGGUACCGGACGCUUCUCUGGGGAAAAGUAGCCUCUCGGGCGCAGAAUCUGCGCCUGAGGACAGCAGGUUGUCCGACAAAAGCCGCCCGGGGAACAGGACGUAUGUCGUCUCCGCGCUGUCGAAGAGCGGCAGCGGGCAGCAGACGCCUCACCGGAGCAGACUCACCCUGCAGAGGCGGUCAAGGAGGAAGAGCUGCGCCCGGAGGUCGUCGACGGAAAGCGGCCCGAGGGGCACGCCCGCUCCGGAGAAGAGAUUGACUCUGCAGCGCAGGACCAGGACUCCCUCCACGGACAAAGGCAUGCGUGGGGUCAGCGGCACUGCCGGCCCUCAGCCAACCCCGAAGGUCCUCAGCGAACCGAACGGCCGGGCGGGUUUAUUCAGGUCGGCGAGUUUAAGGGAACCUGCAGCCAAACUAAAAGCACCGGAGGCUUCCAGGCGUCUGGACGACUCGGCUCAGACCUUCAAGACCCCCACCAGAAGGACCCCGUUUGAGAAAAUCGCCGCCAGGAGGGAGGUUUUCGAGAGACUGGCGUGCAAAGAAGCACCGAAACCGGCUUCGGCUAAACCCGCACGUUUGGACAGGUCCAAGGCCAAAGCUCAGCAGCAGCAGCAGGCGGAAAACGCCAAGCCGGUCCCGACCCCGCGGGCCAGGAAGGCGUCCUCGGGCUCCCACGGGACCCCGGCUGCCGCGCAGGAGAGAAGGCCGACCGCCGCCCAUCCUCGGGGGGAGGCCAGCUUCGCCAGGAGGUCCAGCCCGGCCCCGGGCGAGCAAGCCCAGACCCGUCCCUGUGAGGCCGGCGCGCAGCGGGCUUCGCUGAAGAUGGAGAACAGCGCGGUGACCGUGGCCGUCCGGGUCCGACCUUUCAGCGGCAGAGAGAUGGCGGAAAAGGCCUCGCGGGUCAUCUUCAUGAACGGCCAGGAGACGCAGGUGCUGCAUCCGGAGUCCAAGCAGAGCUACUCCUUCACGUACGACUUCUCGUUCUGCUCGGUGGACGGCAGCGAGCCCGCCUUCGCCAGCCAGAAGACGGUGUACGAGACGCUGGCCAGGCCUUUGUUACAGAGGGCCUUCGAAGGGUUUAACACCUGCCUGUUUGCCUACGGCCAGACGGGCUCUGGUAAAUCCUACACGAUGAUGGGCUUUGAGGAGGAGGCUGGGGUCAUCCCACGAUUCUGCCAGGAGCUUUUUCUGAAACUGGCCUCAAUGGAAGAUGAAGAGAUGAAAUGUCGUGUAGAGAUGAGCUACUUCGAGGUGUACAAUGAAAGGAUUCAUGAUUUGCUGGUCACAAGGGAGGAGCCAAACCAAAGGAAGAUGCCGCUGAGGGUGAGGGAGCAUCCGGUCCAUGGUCCUUAUGUUGCUGAGCUCUCUGCGAACAUGGUGAGCUCUUACGGCGACAUUCAGGGCUGGCUGGAGCUGGGGAACAAGCAGAGGGCUACAGCCGCUACGGGAAUGAACGACAAAAGCUCCAGGUCUCACUCUGUUUUCACCCUGGUUAUGACCCAGACUAAGACUGAGUUUGUGGAGGGAGAGGAACACGACCACAGCAUCACCAGCAGGAUCAACCUGGUCGACCUUGCAGGCAGCGAGCGCAGCAGCACAGCCCAGACUAGUGGAGAAAGACUCAGGGAGGGUGCCAGCAUCAACAAAUCCCUGCUCACGCUUGGAAAGGUCAUCUCCGCUCUGUCAGAACAGGUGCUCACCAGGAAGAAGGUCUUCAUACCAUACAGAGAGUCUGUUCUCACUUGGCUGUUGAAGGAAAGCCUCGGCGGUAACUCCAAGACGACCAUGAUCGCCACCGUGAGCCCGGCCGGCACCAACGUGGAGGAGAGCCUGAGCACGCUGCGCUACGCUCAGCAGGCGCGGACAAUCAUCAACGUGGCCAAAGUCAAUGAAGACACCAGCGCCAAGCUGAUCAGAGAGCUGAAGGCAGAGGUGGAGAAACUGCGCGCGGCCCAGAUGAGCUCCCAGGGCGUUGAACCGGAGAGGGUCACGCUGUUCCAGCAGGAGAUCAACACCCUGAAGAAUAAACUCUGUCAACAAGAAAGAGAGAUGGUUGAAGCCAACCGUGCAUGGAGAGAAAAGUUGGAGCAAGCAGAAAAACGGAAACGUGAAGAGACCAAAGAGUUACAGAAAGCGGGCGUGACUUUCAAAGUGGACAACCGCCUUCCGAACCUGGUGAAUCUGAACGAGGACCCUCAGCUGUCAGAGAUGCUUCUCUAUAUGAUCAAAGAGGGCCGCACCACUGUGGGCAAGCUCAAACCGGACUCCAGUCACGACAUCCAGCUCACUGGAACCCUCAUCGCUGAUCAGCACUGUGUCAUAUCCAACAUCCACAAUACUGUCAGCAUCCUCCCAUUGGACAGUGCUAAGACCUUUGUGAAUGGCAACCUCAUCUCUGAGUCUACUGUCCUACACCAUGGUGACAGAGUUAUCCUCGGUGGAGACCACUACUUCCGCUUUAAUCACCCAGCGGAGGUGCAGUCUGGAAAGCGGGUAUCGUGCUGGACGGGCGCCGGCGAUGGACAGAAAGAUUUUGAAUUUGCCAAGAAUGAGCUACUUGCAGCUCAACGAGCAAAGCUGGAGGCAGAAAUCGAAGAAGCUCAUUUAAAGGCAAAAGAGGAGAUGAUGCAGGGAAUUCAGAUGGCAAAGGAGGUGGCUCAAAAAGAGCUCUCAGACCAGAAGGCCCUUUAUGAAAACAGGAUCCAAGCCUUGGAGCGAGAACUGAAUAAGGAAAACGAGCGAAAGCGUCGGCAAGAGAUGGACCAGCAGAGGGUGGUCAGCCAGAUGGCGGAGCUCAAGGUGGCCAAGCUGGAGUUGGAGAAGGAGGUGGACUCCCAGAAGAGACGCUUCCGUCUCCACAUGGAAGCUCAGGCUAUGGAAGAACAAAGAGUGUGCCAAGCGAAGAUCGUUGAGGCCCUGGAGGCAGAGAAGAGGAAGAUUGGCCAGGAGCUGGAGGAGAUGCAGAAGAAAAUGGCUCUUAGAGAGAAGCACACUACCAGAGAUGCUUCUCAACAGUGGGACGCCAUGAAGCUGUCCUUGAUGAUCGAGGAGGCCAAUAAAAUCAGCGUUAAACUGAAGAAACACACCCACUUCAGCAGACACGAAAGCUCGGAGACGGAGAACGUCCAGCACGGCGGGCUUCAAGUGCGAGUUCAAAACACCAAGCUGGGAAUCGCCACUUUCUGGAGCCUGGAUAAGUUCCAGAACAACAUGGCCGCCAUGCGAGAGCUCGAGCAGGGGGAUUCCGCCUCUAAAGAUGACGACGUGUUUUAUGACCCCAAUGAUGAGUGGGAGCAAGAUAUAUCGGCCUCCUCUGCUUCCACUUCGUCCUUUUCUCGCCGCAGGAGCAGAAGUCUUCUGAAGACCAAGAGAAUCUCUGGGCGUUUGUAUGAAAUCCGGGUCCAUCCGAUUCAGAGCCUCACCAAAUCCUCACAGUCUGCUGGCCUGAUGUGCGGAGCAGUCAAGCCUCCCUCCAACCACAGCAGCAUCUCAGAACCGGCUAUUCCCGGCAUCUGCAAGGAGCUGAUUGGCCGGUCGAUGGCUCGUCUGCGCAGCUGCAGCGAGACCGAGGAGACCUUGGCAGACCGACUGAUGUCCGAUCUGAACCUGGUAUACACGGCCGUCCAAGCCAUAUCUGACUUGUACGAAGGCCUAGACGACGACACCCAGGACAGCGUGUUUGAGUGCAGCGUGGUAGCCAAGACGGAGCUGAUCAAGGCCACCGCGGCGUUGGAGACGGCCGCGUUUGUCACCAUGCAGUGGCUGGCCAGUGUCAAGCCCUCUUCGGGCCUCCUCUACACCAUUGCCGAAGAACUUAAAAGCCAAGUCAAGAAAAUGGGCGGGUUCUUCCAAAUGCUUAUUCAGGGUUGUGAAUCUGAGAUCACAUCGAUGGUGAAGGAAGCACGGAGGAAAAGCAGUCAGUGCUUGGAUGCGGCGAUGCUCGCGCUCGCCCACCUGGCAGCGGUGACGGGCACGCCGCUCAGUGUCAUGAUGCUUGGCAGUCUGGCCACCGGCAAGCAAUCACUUUUAAGCUGCCUGCAGAGGGGAACCAGCAAGGGUGCGCGCUCUCUCCUGGAGGAGAGCCUCGCCGUCACCAGAGAAAUGUUCAGAGACGCUCAGCUGGCCAAUCCCAGAGACCCAGUCCUACAGAGUCUUAAAUCCCAAACUCUGGACAUGUCCCGCGCCCUGCAGAGCUACAUUCGGUGUCAUCUUGCGGAGCGAGAAUGCGACAUAGAGGAGGUGCAGGAGGAGGAGGAGGAGGACGCAGCCGUUCUCGCCCGCUUCCAAAAGCUGACGACUACGUCGACCAAACUGUUCCAGCUAACCCAGGCCGUCCGACAGAUGCAUUCCUGUUUGUCUGCAGCCCUGCGAGAUCAGGAUAGUCAUCCCGACCUGAGCAGCUGCAGGGCGCUCAUCUCCUCCUCUACCAAGGCGGUGGAUGAGCUGGUGGCGGGGCUGUCCGAGGAGGGAGCGCCGGCCCCGCAGCCUCCCGGUCUUCAGACGGUGGCGUCUGCGCGAGACGAGCUCCGCUCCGCCCUGCGGUCCUUGUCCUCUUCCUUCCAGAGCCAACAGGGGGCUAGCGACAGCAGAAGUUCAGCCGGUUCCGACAGGAGUGUAGAAAAUGACUCCUCUGCCAAAGAGAGAGCGAACACACACAGUUCUGUUAGAAAUAAAGUUGUGAGUAAAAUAGUGUACUGCUCCCUUACUCCAGGCGUGUCGUGCAGUGGCAGCCCUCACUGGGUGUAGGCUGGAGUCUCUUUGUGUGUUUUUUUUUUUUUUUUAUUAUCAUAGCUUAUCUUUUUAGAAGAGUUUAUUGUGUAAAUAAAUUGUUGCACUGAAGAAAAAUAAAGAGUUGACCUACUAGGAUUCAAGUAGUCGUAACAGUACACCAAGCAAUCUUUAUUUAAAACAUUUUUGACAAAAUCUCUUUUAAAUGCUCAACACUCACAAUUGUGUUGCUUUAAAACAUAUUGCAAAGGAAAAUAGUUUUGAGGUUUUAUUUGUAUGGCCCUCCAGUUUGAAUGUAUUUAUUAUAUAGAAACUGAAGCUAAAACUUCACUUCCUGUGCAAAUUGAUGUCGAGACAGACAUCAGUUUUGCCAAACCACCGUUUCUGGACUAUAUAUUUUUAGGAAAAGUAGCGUCUCAAUUCCAGGCAGCUCAGGAAUGGUAAUUGGUUAGAAAAAUCGGAGGACCUGGUUUUUAACACUCUUUCUGUACAUUGAUUUUCUUUGAAGGUAUAUUUAGUGUUUGCUCCUGUAUAUCGUGUCCCUGCAUUACACAUCAUCAAAGACUUUGCACUCAGACAACUCUUGUACAUGUUGGGUUUAUUCUUAAUAUAUGUAUCUGAAUAAAAUACUGUUGUCACAUUUUUAUUUAAACUGCUUAAAAAAAAAGAAUACAGCCAGCUGCACAACUGAUAAGAAUCAUAUGGCUUGAUUUCGCAAGGAUCCGGAUCUUUACUUUGGGUUCGCAAGAAACUGCUGGUCGAGUGCACCCAUAGAAAGACUUUUACUGUUAUGUGGCAUUAAAGUAAUGUUCUUUCCACAUUUGAUGUGUUUACGCUAGCACUCGCAUGCAUGGUACUCAGCAGAGUUUUUCAGUAACUGAAAAUGUAUACAAGCCCACUUUAUCAGUUUAAUUUCACCUUUGAACUAUUUGUGGUAUUUUGUACCUAUUAAAAAAACACAUUAAACCAGCUCUUCCCCCAAACGGAGGAUGGCAUUAUUUACAA